AUGAAAUACUUUGAUAAAGCAUUUUCGUGUAAACAAAUUAUUAAUGUUAUUUGCGUUUCUGUUUCCCAAAAUAGACAACAGUGGAGACGUAGUAUUGUGGAAGGGGAAAAAACAGUGAUUUGUCCGAUACUAGAAUGGAUUUUUAAAAACGUGGAUGUAUUGAAAGAGCGUGCAUAUUUGGCCAAAUAUCUCACCAGGAUCGAUGUCCCAGGUGCAUUUCAAGAUCCAGAACUGAUUGAGUUAUCAAAUCAAAUUUCAGCUUUGAUGGAAGAGUUCAAAGAUGUACAUUCGCAAGUUGUAGAAGCUCGUAAGGACUCGUUAAUAAUGGAGAAUAUACGGGCUGAUCUAAAUUCUAUGAAAACCGAGAAAGAACAAUUGGGUAAGCGCACUGAUAAAAUCGAACGUAAGCUUCAUGGUAUAGCAAAUAUUGAACGUUUGUUGCGGCAGGCCGAAAAGUGUCGAUUGGAGAAUGAACAAUUGGAAAAAAUUGGACAUCUUAGGCUGGAGCAGAGAAAUUUGAUUUUAUUCAGCGACCAGAAGUUACAACGUUUGAAUAUUUCACUUGAGGAAGUGAAGAUAGCUGGUGAAAAUGUUGACCCGACGAGAAGAAUGAAAGCUCUGAAGGAAGAAAUGGAAACGAAUCAUUAUAUGGUUAAUGAAAAAUUGCCGAAAGAAAUUGAAGCAAAAAGGGCAGUUAUUGCUGAUUUGAGGAAAGUGGUUGAUGUUGCUGCUAUGGACAAAAACGAUAUCGCUGAAUUGCAACAGAAAAUCGAAAAAAUGAACCAGGAAAUUAUGGAACUGGUAAAUGAACGUAAUCGUAAAGACGAGAACACAGAUAAGCUAUCAAUUUAUCGGCAUCAGGCAUCAGUUGUUUAUAAGAAAAAAGCAAAGCUGGUUGAAAAGCUGCAAGAGGCGCGUUUGGAAUUGCAAAACAUCAUGAAUAUGGUGGAAACGAAGAAAAAUAACUUGAAAGAAAAAGGCGGCACAGAUUUUGUGAUUACGACCACGCAGUUCAAGAAUUACAUCAACAAGUUACGUAUUAAAACGUCAAAUUACAAGCGAAAGCAUGCUGAAAUGAGUGACUUAAAAAGUGAACACGCUGUACUGUCGCGCACUGCAGAUAUCCUUACAAAUCAGUGGAACAAACUUAGGCUGAAAAUAGAAGAAAGUGGCGGGAAGAUAAUUAAAGCACGUGAUGCAAAUUAUGACGAAAAAUAUGAAAUUGCAAAACCAGAGACAGAUGAUGAUGCCACGGAACGUUUCGAUGUGAGAAAACGAAAUUAUGAAACGGCUGAAGCAAGUUUUGAAAAUGCGUUUGUGGAAGUUGAGGAGAAUAUCAGGAAUAUGGAAGAUGAAAUGGUUACGAAGAAGCGGAAGAUUUUUCGUGCUGGAAUCGAACUUCAACUAAUGAAAACCAUUUCGGGGAAGCUGAGACAAGAAGGAUUAAGACUGGUUAAUCAAAUAGAGAAGGAAAUUAGCCGUGUCAAUAAGGAACUGGAAGUUUUGCAACAUUCUGAUCAAGGCAAUGGAUUAUCAAUAAAGGAAGCAACUGCUCAAGUAGCAAUGUGGCGAUCACUGAUGAAAAUUUUUCAACUUAAAUUACAAAUUGCGGAAGGAGGAAACAAAAACAGAAUGUUGUAG